AUGGGAACAUCAUCGUCCAAAACAAAAGAUUCUACUGAGAACAAACAUCAAUUUGAUCCCGUAAAUAAUUAUGAAAACAAUGAGAGUACAGUUCUUAUUUGGUUUGAUCCUAAUAUCGAUACACAUCAAGAUACACUCUUGACUAAAGAACAAUUGCGACAAAUCAGCGAUUAUGUCGUUUAUUAUAAAGAAUUUGAAAAGUGCAUUAAAUUCAUUAGAUCGAUUAAAAAAGAAAAAAUAUUAUUAAUUACAUCUGGCUCAUGUUGUGCUCAGCUUUUAACAACGAUUGGUGAACAUCAGCAACUCUAUUCGAGUUUUAUAUUCUGUAUGAAAAAAGCUCGAUAUGAACAUUUGUUAACUGAAUUCCCAAAAAUUGUUGGAAUCUAUAUCACUAUCGAUGAUCUGUGCGCAUCUAUUCAACAAGAGAUUUAUCUUAUCAAUAAACAAUUGCAAGCAUUCACUUUUUAUAAUCAACAUCAAAAAUCUCUUCGUGAUUUAUCAAAAGAAUCAGCAGAAUUUUUGUGGUUUCAACUUUUCAAUGACGUUAUUUCGCAUCUACCACGAAAUCAACAAGCUAAAAAACAAAUGAUCGAUGCAUGUCGACUAUAUUAUCGAGGUAAUUCGAAAGAAUUGAAAUUCAUUGAUGAAUUUGACCGUACUUAUCGAUGUGAUGACGCAAUUCGUUGGUAUUCAAAACAAUGUUUUGUUUAUAAAAUAGUUAAUAAAGCAUUGCGAUGUGAAGAUAUUAAUCAACUUCAUUUAUUUCGAUUUUUCAUUGGUGAUCUUUCAGAAAGUCUCGCCCGUGAACAUAAAAAAAUUCUUUUUUCAAAUCAAAAAUUAUUAAAUGUUUAUCGUGGAGUUAAAUUAUCAAAUGAUGAAUUCAAUAAAUUGAAAGAAGCUAAUGGCAAAUUAAUAUCAACAAAUAGUUACUUCUCAACUAGUCAAUGUCGUUUACAAGCGCUUGCUUUUGCGAAAAAACCAACUAAACGAGAUGAUCUUUCAUAUGUUCUCUUUGAAAUUGAAUGUAAUAUUGAAGAACUUGGUGAAAAUGUUAUUUUCGCCGAUAUAGCUAACUUUAGUGAAUAUCCUCAAGAAAAAGAAGUUCUUUUCGAUUUAGGCACCAGUUUUAGAAUUGAAAAUAUUAUAAAUGAAAAACAAUUAUGGGUGGUCAAAUUAAAAGCAACUAAUGAAGGACGAAAUAUCGUUCAGUAUUAUGUUGAAGAAACACGUCGUGAAACUGAAGAGAAAAGUGUUGUUAUUAUGUUUGGAAGACUUUUAUGCGAUAUGGGACAAUAUCAAAAAGCAGAGUUAUAUUUUGAACAAAUAUUAAUUGAUCCAAAUGGAGAAGAUAUUGCAUGGAUUGAACAUAAUUUAGGCAGAGUAUUUCAAUCGAAAGGUGAUUGGAAAAAAGCUCGGGAAUAUUAUGAUCGUGCUUAUCAUAGAAUGAUAAAAGUUAAUCCACCAAGAACUAAAGAUUCAGCUUAUGUUCUCAAUAAUAUUGGCUCUAUUUUACAUGAUCAAGGUAAAUAUAAUGAAGCACUGAAAUUUUAUAAACAAACACUUACAAUACAAGAGAAAUAUUAUUCUUCAAAUCAUAUAGAUAUUGCUCGUAGUCUCAAUAAUAUUGGUAACAUAUUAACUGAUCAAGAAAAUUUUGAUCAAGCUUUAGAUUUUCAUCGACGAGCACUGGAAAUACGAAAGAAUUAUUACGGUGAUGAUCACAUUGAUAUAGCUCAAAGUCUCAAUAAUAUUGGAACUAUCUUACGUAGUCAAGGAGAAUAUUCACAAGCACUUGAAUAUCAUUUACAAGCACUUGCUAUCAGAGAAAAAUUUUAUCCACCAGAUCAUAUCGAUAUAGCCCAAAGUCUCAAUAAUAUUGGCAAUAUUUUUAGUGAUUUAGAAAAUUAUGAAGAAGCUCUCAAUUUUCAUCAACGAGCACUCAAAAUACGAGAGAAAUUUUAUUCGAAUUCUCAUGUCGACGUUGCUCAAAGUCUUGCUAAUAUUAGUAUUAUUCUUAAGAAACAAAAUAAAUACAAUGAAGCGUUGGAUUUUCAACGGCGAGCCCUUGCAAUGAAAGAACAACAUUGUACUAAUGAAAAUCUCGAUGUUGUUGAUAUUUCGAAUAAUAUUCAUGAUAGCCAACGAACAUAUGACAGUCGAAAGCAUGCUGCUUGUACUAUACUAUAA